GUUUUCGUUUGUUUGUUUUACCAUGUCUUCCUCGAACAGCAAAUUCUCUGAGGCUGAGACAGGCGUCUUCUGGGACCUAGAUGAAUUCCCAAUCCCUGAUGAUCUUAGUCCUGCUUCCAUCUAUGAUAAUAUCAAAUUAGCUCUCAAGAAGAUGGGUUACACUGGUAGGGUUUCGAUUUUUGCUUAUACUAGUGCGAAUCAGAGCAAAGAAGAGUUUGAAUCUGCCAACAUCCAGCUUCAAGCCGUAGGAGCUUAUAAAAACCCUAUGUUUGCUCUCGACAUUUAUAAUUGGGGAGUAGACCAUCCUGAUGAACCAACAAAUUUGAUGGUAAUUUCAGAAGACGUUUCCUUCGUCUCGAGUCUGAUCGAUUUAAGCAAGAAGGAAAACAUUGUUCUCUUAGUGCAACCUCAAAACGCAUCAGGAAGGCUACUUGAAACUGCAAGUCUAGUUUGGCUUUGGACUAGUCUAUCAACUGGAGGGAGCCCUAUCGAUAACCAAAGGGGAAAGUCAAAAGUUGCUAUCCCUUCUCCAACUUGUUCUGCUGAGACAGGCAUCUUCUGGGACCUGGAUGAUUGCCCAAUCCCUGAUGAUCUCACUCCUGCUUUGAUCUAUGAUAAUAUCAAAGUAGCUCUCAAAAAUAUGGGUUACAAUGGUAAGGUAUCGAUCGUUGCUUAUUCUGUUGCGAACCAAACCAAAGAAGACUUUGACUUCGUCAACAUUAAGCUUAUAAACCCAGGAACUAGUCAGGAAAAGGUUAAUAUGAUGUUUAAGGACGUUUAUAUGUGGGGAAUAAACCAUCGAGAGGAACCAACAAAUUUGAUGGUAAUCUCAAAAGACAUCUCACAAGACGUUGACUUCGUCUCAGCUUUAGUCCAUUUGAGCAAGAAAGAGAACAAUAUUCUCUUAGCGCACCCUCAAAACACAUCAGGAGUGCUACUUCGUACUGCAAGUUCAGUUUGGCUUUGGUCCAGUCUAUCAACUGGAGAGAGCCCUCUCAAUAAUCAAAGCUCACAAGCUGCUACCACUUCUCCAACGUGUUCUGCUUCUAGGAAAAGGUCAUCACUAAGUGUUGCCAAUAAGCAGAAGAAACGUCGGACCAAACCUCUUCACAAGAAGCGAAAGAGCAGAGCAAAUCCUAACCCUGAAGAUUAGCUAGUAUUGACAAUGUUUUUGAUAUAGGAUAUUUUCUUUUGAAAAAAAUGUCUUCAAUUGAUUAGCAUGCGCAUAAGCUUAUAUAACACAGUUCAUUGAUAUUAAUAUGGGGGGGGCACUGAGGGAAACAGAACCCAAUUGGGUUCUAUUUGGUUGAGUUUAAUAUAUAAGUUCAUAUAUU